UUUUAAUUGGAUUUAUUACUUUAAUUACUAUAGAGAAUUUUUUAAAAAAAUUGUGUAUAAAAAUGUUGGUAAAUAUAACUUUUAGAACUAUGGAUGAGACUACUUUUAGUUACGAUUUGGACUCUUCCAAUACGGUAAGGAAUGUUAAGUCUCUCAUUGAGGUCAGAAAUGGGAUUCCAGCAUCUCAUCAAAGGUUAAUCUUCAGAGGUCACCUGCUCAAGGAUGACCACACCCUUGAUUUUUAUAAUAUUACAAGCGGCAACACCAUACACAUUGUUUCUAAUAAUCCUCAAAACACCGCCAAUAAUACUGGAGAUAAUACUUCUAAUACUGAAAAUACUCAAAAUUAUACUCAAAACGCUCAAAAUGCAAAUACCGAAAACACGGGAACUUACACUCAAAAUACUCAAAAUAAUAAUGGUAGUUAUACCGGUGGAAUGGGAUAUGGCAUACCGAUGGGAGUAUAUAUGAGCCCAAUAUACGCUACCUUUACUGUACCUGAUACAGAUACUGGUAAUGUGGACCCAAAUAAUACUAAUACCGCAGGUGUUGAUGAUACCCCUCUCGUUAAUAAUUUGGGAACAUUUGUUUCACGGGUUUUUACAACUGCCGUUAAUUCCUUUAUUUCCAACCUAGGCACUCCAAACACUAAUACCUACACCUAUACCAACACACCCAACCCUAAUACUAACACUUAUGCAAACACUGGUACAACGAAUACUAACACAAGUGGUUACACCUUUUUUAGUACACCCAGUGGUAAUUACAGAGUUUAUACCAAUAGUAAUACGCAAAACAAUACUAAUACUAAUAACACAAACGAUAGUAAUGUUAAUACCAAUAAUACUGAUACUACUAAUGUUAAUGCUAGUGAUGUGCCAACCGCUGACAUAAAUACGGAUUCUUUGUUUCAUACUGUAUCUGAUCCUAAUGCUAGAAUGGAAGAGAUGUUAAUCAACGAAUUUGAGAAGAUUGAAAGAUUAAUAGGUGAUGUUAUCAACUCAAUCAUGCUACCCCCAAAUGGUAACUCACAUCAGAAUAUCUUGGAUUGUAAUAAUAUAGGCAACAUGCUCAAUGGGUUCUUAUCAGCUAUAGAAUCAAGAUUUUUGCAAGAAAAUACUCAAAAUUCAAGUGACUUGGUUAACAAUGGUCAUGCCGAUGAAGGGAGUUUCAUUCCAAGAUUUGAGAAUAUUUUACUUCAACUAAUUACGAAUAUUAGAUCCACACUUGGCAAUAACAGCGUGGAGAUGAGAGAAAGUUACAGAGGAUUAAUAGAAUUAUUGUUCUUACUAAUAAACUUGGUGAUUCAAAUGAUAUUACAGUUUUACUUACAACACUCAAACACAUCUUCAAAUCCCCCAAAUCAAUUUCUCACAGACUUUCAAGAUCACACCAACAAUACUAAUAGUACAAAUAACAAUAGUUCCAGUACUAAUACUGAUGACAAUACCACAAAUGGUAUAAAUAAUGAAGUAAAUAACGGUAUGGAUGAUAAUGCUGAGGAACCAAAAAAUCUUAUGAUGAAAUAUAAGACGAACCCAGAGUUUGAGAGUAAAAUGGAACAAGUAAAGAAGGUCAAAUUUUCAAAUUCUUACCAUAUGUAAUACACUAACACUACACCUAAUACUAUAUA